AUACCAAAUAGGUGUUGGUAAAGCGUAUUUCCUCUUAGGCGUGUCUUAUCUGAGCUGACAGCUUUCACUUCUGCAUGGCUGCUGCAGUUGGACGACCGUUCCUGCAGAGAUGAGCUUCUACAGUGAUGAAGACACGAGCGACGAACUGGGGACUUUGGGGUGGUACCACCAUGACUUGUCCCGCCACGCUGCAGAGGCUCUUCUCUUAUCCAACGGCACUGAUGGAAGUUAUCUCCUGAGAAACAGUAAUGAGGGACUAGACUGCUUUGCCCUGUCUGUCAGGGCGAAGGAUUCUGUCAAACAUUUUCACGUGACGCGCAAAGACAGCAGCUACGUGUUCGGCUUCAACGAGUUUGCAAACCUUCACGACUUUGUCUACCACUUUGCCAACCAGCCUCUAUUGGGCAGUGACUCAGGAACCCUGAUUGUGCUGAAGAGUCCAUACCCGCUGCGAGUGGAGGAGCCGUCCAUCUACGAGUCCGUGAGAGUUCACACAGCCAUACAGUCGGGCCGCACAGAAAAAGACCUUGUGGCGAAUGCACCCUCUCUGGGCACGAAGGAAGGCUAUCUGGUGAAACAGGGAGCAUUUGUAAAGAACUGGAAGCAGAGAUGGUUCACACUCAACCGAUAUGACCUCAAGUACUUCAAGGACAAAAUGGAUGAGGAGCCCAUUCGAACCCUGGAUCUGAGAGCCUGCUCUGCAGUCCAGUUCGACUAUUCUCAGGACAGAGUCAACUGCUUCUGCAUGGUGUUUCCCGAGAGGACAUUUUAUCUUUGCUCAAAGUCGGCUGUGGAGGGCGACGAGUGGAUCAAGCUUCUGAGGUGGAAACUGUCCCAGUUAAGAAAAGGUCGAUGACUGCCGUCAGUGGGAGCGCAGAUGAUGGAGAGAAGCCUCACCUUAAUGAAAGAUGAGCUAGAUGAACAGUAAAGAGCACUGUUCAAGUCGGAGGGGGAAACUUUAGCCUGUAAAACACUGAGACUCGUUUUCCUGAGUGUGCUGACUGGAGGCCCACAGCUUGGACGUGACUGCAUUUUGCUUCAAGAUAUAAAGAGGCUUCAUUUUUGACGAGUCUCCUGUUUAUGGUCUCACUUGGCUGCUUUAUCCCUCCACAGGUUGUUGGUGACUAAUACUGUAUGUUUAACAUGGCACAGUAUGCAGCAUCAUUGUGUAGCAUUAUUCUUUAGCAAUAAAACUAACACAUAUUGUAUCAUAGAAUCAUAGUUUAUUUUAAAAAGUGACAUGAGAUUCAAUUAAUUUACAUGAAUAAAACCAAAUAAAGGAAAUAUUUAAUAUAUUUACAUUCUGCCUUUUGAGAGGGAGAAUCCUAUUGAUAGUUUUAUCAAGGUACAACUGAAAAUGAUAAAGCACCAGUUGAGGGGAGACUGACUCAGACUGUGCCUGAUUGGCUACAGUGAGCGAGAGUUCUUCACUCUCUGGGAUAAAUAAAGAGGGCCGACAGGGUCUUUCUUCACUGUGUAAGUUUCCCGCACUAACUUUCCAUUUCCAAGUGACGAACUUGUUUCGUUUUUUGCCUCUCGUUUGUGUGUCCUGUUUGAAUAAAGUUUUUACCUGUAAAAUGAA